AAAUGAUCUUUACUUUUGAUAUAUAGUACAUUCCUUAUCAACUUCUUUGUAUUAUAUAUUUAGGAACAUAAGACUUUCUUUUCCCUUUCAUCAUCAAAUCUAUUCAUAUCACUAUUCAUUUCUCCUCUUCAAAAUUUUCUUUUCUUUUCUUUUCUUUUCUUUUCCUUUCUAGGAGUUUGAUCAUCAUCAUCAUCACCAUGGAUGAUUCCUUUGAUGAAGAUUGUGACUAUCUUUUCAAGGCAGUUCUGAUUGGAGACUCAGCAGUGGGAAAAUCAAAUCUGCUUUCAAGGUUCUCCAAAAACGAAUUUCGAUUAGACUCAAAACCCACCAUUGGAGUUGAGUUUGCUUACAGAAAUAUUAGGGUUGGUGAUAAACUCAUCAAAGCUCAAAUAUGGGAUACUGCUGGCCAAGAAAGGUUUAGGGCAAUUACAAGUUCAUACUACCGUGGGGCACUGGGCGCUCUAUUAGUGUACGACAUCACACGACAAAAAACAUUCGAAAAUGUAAAAAAAUGGUUGAAAGAACUAAGGGAGUUCGGGAACCCAGAAAUGGUUGUGGUUUUAGUUGGUAACAAAUCAGAUUUAGGUCAAUCAUCGAGAGAAGUCAACGAAGAGGAUGGAAAGGGUUUGGCAGAGAAAGAAGGUUUGUGUUUCAUGGAAACUUCAGCUUUGGAGAAUCUUAAUGUUGAGGAAGCUUUUCUCAAUAUGGUUACCAAAAUACAUGAAAUCACAAUCCAAAAGAAUUUGCAAGCUAAACUAUUAGUGGCCAAUGAUCAAUACCAAACACCCACAAGUCUCAAGUCCAAACAGAUUAUUCAUAUUGAUAGUGAUCAUGAAGUAUCUGCCACCAAACACACUGGUUAUUGUUGCUCUACUUGAUUUUUCUUUUUGUUGAGUUUUGUUGUAUAGCAGAAUUCGAAGGUUAUUUCAUUGCAUGAUUGAGUUGCUAACUAUAUUGAAUUUUGAUUUUUCUCCAUUUGGUCA